AUGUCAUUAAAAAUCAUUUCUUUCGCAGCCUUUUUGGCAGUAGCUCAAGCUGGACUUCUUCCAGAAACCUACCACACAUCACUGGAGUACGCACCUGUCGCAUACUCAUCAGCCCCAGAUGUAUCAUAUUCCAGCGUAUCAGCUCCAGUAGCCUACGCCGCUGCUCCAUCUUACGCAAAACAAGCUGCUCCCGUCUCAUACGCUGCUCCAGCCCAUUAUGCACCAUUGCAGUACGCUGCACCUGUCGCUAAAGUAGCAUACUCAUCAUCUCCAGCUGUAUCAUACUCCAGCGUAUCUGCUCCCGUCUCAUACGCUGCCCCAGCUCAGUAUGCUGCACCUAUCGCUAAAGUAGCAUACUCCAGUGUAUCAUCUCCAGUAGCUACUCCAUCUUAUGCCAAACUAGCUGCACCAGUCGCAUACGCUACUCCAGCCCAUUAUGCUACUCCAGCUGUAUCCUACGCCGCCCCAGCAUACAAAGUAUCCACUCCAGUAGCCUACGCUGCCCCAGUACACAAAACCAUAAUCGCCGAACCUGAAGCACCAGCUAACUACGAUUUUGGAUACGCCGUAAACGAUCCCCACACCGGAGACAGCAAAAGUCAACAAGAAUCCCGUCAUGGAGAUGUUGUCCAAGGAAGCUACUCCCUUGUUGAAGCUGAUGGAAGCAAACGUAUCGUAGAAUACACCGCUGAUGCCCACAAUGGUUUCAACGCAGUUGUUCACAAGGAACCAGCUCAGGUUGCUGUUAAAGCCGUUGUAGCUAAAAUCGCUGCUCCAGUAGCUUAUGCUGCCCCUGUAGCUAAAUUCGCUGCUCCAGUCCAAUAUGCCGCACCAUUGGCUCAUAAAUCUUACUACCAUUAAAGUCGUUUAGUUAAGCAUGUUGCGACGUUGUAAAUAAAUGAUUAAAUUAUUUUAAUAAAGACUGUGAAACUAGAAGCAUAUUUUGUUGAAUAUUCUGUAACUGAUAAAGAAAAGUUCAUUACCUAUUUCUCUAGUUGUAAAAAACAAAUAAAUAUACCCCUUUUUUGGAUUUAAAAUCAAUGUAUACAUUGCUUAUGCAAGUUUAUAGUGAAGGAAGAAAAGUUAGC